GAGCAACAAAAUCCAGAGGGUCCUCACAGUCAAAAAGGAAGCGAAGGAUUCAGCCAAAGAGGCCGUGAUUGGUGGUAAACUGUACCCUGUGGUCCCGGUGAAAGAACACCACCCCUGGCAGGCUGGCCACACCCCCUCCCUCCUGCCUCCAUGUAUCCUGAAUCUACCACAGACUCCCCCGCUCGCCUCUCCCUCCGACAGACUGGCUCUCCUGGCAUGAUCUAUAGCGCUCGUUAUGGGAGCCCCAAACGACAGCUGCAGUUCUACAGAAACCUUGGGAAGUCGGGCCUGCGGGUGUCCUGCCUUGGAUUAGGAACAUGGGUGACGUUCGGCGGGCAGAUAACGGAUGAGAUGGCAGAGCAGCUGAUGACUCUGGCCUAUGAAAACGGCAUCAAUCUGUUUGACACAGCGGAGGUCUACGCUGCUGGAAAGGCAGAGGUGGUGCUCGGAAACAUCAUAAAGAAGAAAGGAUGGAGACGCUCAAGUCUGGUGAUAACAACAAAGAUCUUCUGGGGUGGAAAAGCGGAGACUGAAAGAGGUUUAUCCCGAAAACACAUUAUAGAAGGUUUAAAAGCCUCUUUAGAAAGACUGCAGUUAGACUAUGUGGAUGUGGUUUUUGCGAACAGACCGGACCCUAACACACCUAUGGAAGAAACGGUUCGAGCAAUGACCCAUGUGAUAAACCAAGGCAUGGCCAUGUACUGGGGAACAUCCCGCUGGAGCCCAAUGGAGAUAAUGGAAGCGUACUCUGUGGCACGACAGUUCAACCAGAUUCCUCCCAUCUGCGAGCAGGCUGAGUACCACAUGUUCCAGAGGGAGAAGGUGGAGGUGCAGCUACCUGAGCUCUUCCAUAAGAUAGGUGUGGGGGCCAUGACGUGGUCACCACUGGCCUGUGGGAUCAUCUCAGGGAAAUACGACGGCAGGGUGCCUCCCUACUCUCGGGCCUCUCUGAAGGGUUACCAGUGGUUGAAGGACAAGAUCUUGAGCGAGGAGGGCCGGCGUCAGCAGGCGAAGUUGAAAGAGCUGCAGGCAAUCGCGGAGCGGCUGGGCUGCACUCUGCCCCAACUCGCCAUCGCGUGGUGCCUACGGAACGAGGGGGUGAGCUCUGUCCUUUUAGGGGCGUCCAACACCGACCAGCUGAUGGAGAACAUAGGAGCAAUACAGGUUCUUCCAAAGUUGUCGUCGUCCAUCACACACGAGGUGGACAGCAUCCUGGGGAACAAGCCGUACAGUAAAAAGGACUACCGCUCCUAACGCGCAGCGCAGCCCCGCCCGGCAGGGCUGCACCCGGGCUGCAGCCGCAGCGCCCCACCUUUGCCUGAUCCUCUGUUUGCUUGAGCUUUUACUGAGUGAGACCCUGGCGCAUGAGUCUGGCCACACCAAGGCCACCCAGGGCACCUCAUUUAGAGUCACAGGGAUAAGAUAAGAAAAGGGGGAAAAAAAUACAAUCACCUCCACAGGAGAAGGAAGGGAUUGACAAAGAAAGACGCAAGUGGGAGAGAGGUUAGGGAUAUGCGCUCAUACUUAAAUCAGUUAUACAGUCAAUUCAGCUGAACGUAUUUUAAAAACCGUAGACUAAAAUAUCUUUUUAAAAAAAUAAGCACACGCUUGCUUGGCAGCCAGAUUUCUUUUUGGUUGUAUUUUUUUUCUUUUUGUGCUGUUUUUCUUUUUCUAAAACUGAAUGCAACUAAAAGGAAGAUUAAGUUCAUACUGUGUGAAUAUACGAGAACUACUCUGUUGCACAUGUACCAUAGCCAUGCAUUUGUUCCUUGGAUGUUCUGUUUACAAACGUGUGUGUACUGUACUGAGUCCGUCAAGGUUUCUCUGACAAAACGCUCUUUGUGUGGUUGACAUCAUCGGUGUAUGAGCCUCGUUGCGGGCAACAAUCAGCACUUUAGUAUUGUCGGUCUCGGUGUUGGAGGGUAGUUGUGAGGAGGGGAGAGGAUGCAGAAUCGUAUGGCCUCUUGUUACUCCUCAUCCUCCCUCUCUAUCUUUGCCAGCAGUGCGUUCGUCCGGCCUGAUGCUCCAACGCUCCUGCUGUCUGAGCGCGGCGGUCAAGAUGAGGAGGGAGGGGGGACAGAGACGCUCCUCUUCCGUCCUGGCCCUCGAACCAUCCGCAAUGACGAGUCAGGGGCCGAUGUGUCAGGGCGGCUCGUCUGCCACUGAAGAGAUUAGCUAUUUAUUCGCCCCCAAUGGUAGAAGCUACAGUCUCGUUAAAUCAAAUGCUUCACUGUGUUCCCCAACCUCUGCUUCCAGGCUGAGGAUUUACUGGACAGGAAGUGGUCAUAUCUGUGCUUGGCGCCACAUCUCAUGGAAACUUGUCCUUGAUCAAAUUCUGUUCAAGUAUUUUGCCUUAUUUACAGUUGCAUCAGACUGUGCUGUGGGCUCUCAGCGUAGACGAACGGCUUGGCGGGCGCCUCCGUGGCCCAUGCGUACGGGAAGGCUGACCCGUGGACGCGGGGGAAGACGUGGCGUAUGCCCAGUUAAUCAGUGAGUGGCGGCAGCAGCUCAGGGAACAGCAGGUGGUUGUAGUCGUGUGUUGGCGUGCACAUGGUCAGGAGGUUGUAUUUACUCGUCUGUUUGUCUUUCAUGUGUGGACACUGGGGAGGACCAGUGACAUUUUCAGCGUGGCUCGAGCCAAAGAUCUCCUCCUCCUCCUCCUCCUCCUCCUUCUUCUUCAUCAUCUCUCUUUGACGACACGGUUUCACUCUCACUUCCCGCAAGAUUAUAGAACUCAUCUUGACGCAUGUGCUCUCCAGCUUGUUAUCUAUCAUAGUAUGGACUUUACUCCAUAUAUAUCUUUACUUGACAAUGCAGUUAUACUAGUGAACAAAUACGUCCUUCAUAUACAGAAUGCAUAGUACAGCUACUCGCUUUAGGAUCGGUAAGGUUCGUCUCAGGCCACAUACGAGCUGAGACGUGUCAGAAGUAUUAUUGCAAAAUUUGACGCCACCCUGUAUCAUUCUUUCUCCUCUGGGUGCUCUCUUACUGUGAUUAAAGCACAAGUGGAUAGCAUGCGAUACAUCCUCAAAGCAUGGACCCUCUUCACCCGGGACGAGCAAGGUUAUGCUACUCCGCUUACUAACACGUGUAGAUAACAGAUCUUAACUAACAGCUGAUAAACUAUUGAUUCUUAGCAGAAAUAAAACCAGUACAGAUUAAGUCAUGUUAGUGCGAAUGAUGACGUGAAUGAGCUGUGGGUGCUUCUCGGUUACAGUGGAGGGAACAAUCAAAGCGAGAGUUGACGUGGGGGAUUUGCGCGGUUUACAGUUCGUUAGUCGUUAGUCCUCCGAACGUCUCUGCUGUUGAUCCUGUUUGUGUGUAUGUGUGUGGGGGGCAAAUAAGCCCUUGCUUUAACCUGUUGUAUAAAUUGAUCCCUGUAUAUGUUUGAUUUGCUGUGUCUGAGUGACUAAAACUGGGGAUGUUUUCUCAGGAGAGGGAAAAAAAGAAGCGAAGAACAUGCAGUUCUUUGAGUCUGUGGAGUUCCUGUGUCUUCAUUUUUUCAUCUGCAGGGAAAAGACUUGGAGGAAAAGUUUGCUUAUUUGCUUUCUUGCCAAGAGUUGGAAUAAAAAGACCACGCUCAUAUUUCUGCUAAAUGCAAAGCUAACGUUAUCGCCAGCAGCCGGCUAAUUAAGCUUAGCAUAAAGCCCGAAAACAGGGACAACAGCUAGUCUGACUCUGUCCUAAACUGACAAAAUCCACCUACCAGCACUUCUAAAGCUCAGUGAUUAACAAGUUAAAUACUGUUUGUUUAUUCCAUGCAAAAACCUUUCGAUUUGUUCCCCAUUACUUGAACGUGAACCCAAUCAAUCCAAACCCCAGCUAGUUACUUCUGCAACACCCAAAUACUAACUUAUGCCCUAAUGAUUACGACCCACUGGCAGUGAACAGAUCGCCCCUUCAAAAAUAAUCUCCACAGCAGACUAAACUUCCUGUCCCAGUGUUGCGUCAAGUAGUCGCUGCGUAGCCUCCAGAUGAGUUUGUUCGUUCAUUUGCCCCUCCUGUUUUACUCUGCCAGUCAGUCCUACACUGCCUGGAAUCCCACAAUGCCUUGCAAAAAAAAAACCACACAGACAAGCA